AUGAUUGCCGUUUGCGAAGUCGUUUUCACAGGCUCCUUUUUACAAGCUUCUGUCGCGCGCGUGGAAGGCUGUGAUGCUGGUGACAGCACUGCCGUCUCAGAUUGUUCACUUUCGCCGCUAAGUAAAACAACCUGGUGUCCAGCGUAGGCUUGUAUUCGCAGCUGUGCUAAAACAGAAGAGCCUUGGGAAAGUGGCGUGAAAGACCGCGUAACCGUCACCGGUAUUUGCUUCGGAGAAAACAUCAGAAGAGAAUUCGGGGAAGUUGCCUCGGAAGAUAAAGCUGCCGGUCUUUUUCCUAAAGUACUGAAAGAAAAUAAUGGUGAUGGCUCCGGACGUUGCUCCGAAAUUUGCGACAAUUUGCCAAGUUCGAGCUCUUGUGCUUUCGAAGCUUGUGCUACGAUUCUUCGCUGCCGUGGGAAGUACGAUGUUAUUGUGCGAUUAUAA